AGGCGCAGUUCGGGACGAGUCGUACAUGCCGAUUCCAUUGCCAAGCACCACGCGCAUGAGCACCACGUCGACGACCACGUGCACGGCGUCGAGCGACGAGAAUACGAUCCUGGCCGCGGCUAGCACGCCGAGCAUCCUCGACAAAAGCAAGGACGACGCGGAACAGCUACAGCGAUUAGCCUCACGGCACUACUACAGCACGACUACGGCCCUGGCCAUCACCGUCGGCGUCGGCUGCGUCCUCCUCGUCCUCAAUAUGCUCAUCUUCGCGGGAAUCUACUACCAGCGCGACCGUGACAAGAAGCGCGCCGCGAUGGCCAGCGCCUCGAACAACGGCCAAGAGAGCCUGCCGAUGAGCUGCAGGUCGGCGAUGAACCCCCAGGACAAUCCGACCUCGUCGCACGAGGCGCCACCCUGCUACACUACCCUCCCCAAGAGUCCCUCCUCCAUUCAGGAGCAGAUGAUGGAAGUAAACAGGCAGGAGCAAGUGGAGCGUAACCGGACAAAGGCGGAGAGCCUGAGCCGUGCGAGUAGCUGCAAGAAGGAGCACGCGAUACCACCUCGGCCGCCCCAAAGGACGUCGAGCUCGUUGAGCACGGGCAGCAGCACGAGCGGAAGCGUCAAGAAACGCGUCCAGAUCCAAGAGAUCACUGUAUAGCAUUAGUGGUCGCCCCCCGAGGGCACCGUCGCGCGCCCGAAACGCGUGACCUUCGUCGACUCCCAGGACGCGAUUCUCGAGUCGCAGUUUUAGGAUGGGAUUGGGGGG